AUGAUGAUGCUGAUGUGUGCUCUGCUCACAGUGCUCGCUCGACUUGCCUGUGUGUUCUCCACGGCCAUUCUUUUGCAGAGCCUGGCAUGGCCCUGCAGCAAUGGAGAGAGAGGCUUCUCCUUCUCCUACCCCCAGUCUCCAAAGGUCCCCUCCAUUGUCAGCGAGAGGUACAGGACUGCCUACCACUUCCAACCUCCAAGGAACUGGAUGAACGAUCCAUGUGGACCAAUGUAUUACAAUGGCGUCUACCAUGAAUUCUACCAGUAUAACCCCGAUGGCGCCUUUGACCCCAAUGACUCCCUCAUGAACAUGGUUUGGGGCCAUUCGGUUUCAACAGACCUCAUCAACUGGAUCGGUCUUGAACCGGCAAUAGAACCGGAUACCCCGAGUGACAUAUGCGGAUGUUGGACCGGCUCAGCCACAAUUCUAUUUGGUGAACAACCGGUCAUCAUAUACACUGGUCUCAUCGAUAGGAAGGCGAAUCAGGUCCAAAACAUUGCGCUUCCCAAAAACCGUUCUGAUCCGUACCUGAGGGAAUGGGCCAAAGUAGGCAAUAACCCAGUGAUCCAACAUGUCAUACCAGGCUUGAACUCGAGCCAUUUCAGGGAUCCGACAACCGGUUGGAUUGGACCGGAUGGACUAUGGAGAAUAGCAGUUGGUGCUGAGGUGAACGGCAUCGGUACUGCACUUUUGUACAAGAGUAAAGACUUUAUGAAUUGGACUAGAAUUGCACGCCCGUUGUAUUCAAACAAUGCCCUCAAUAUGUGGGAGUGCCUGGAUUUCUUCGCGGUGUUGCCGGGAAGUAACAAUGGACUGGACAUGUCUUCGCAAAUUCCAAGUGGCGCCAAGCAUGUCCUCAAAGUGAGCAUCAAUUCCUGUGACAUGUACAUAGUUGGGGUGUAUGAUCUCAAACGUGAUGAGUUUGUGCCAGACACCGUCCAAGAUGACAAUCGGCUGUGGACGAGGAUCGAUUAUGGUACUUUCUAUGCUUCAAAAUCAUUCUUUGACUCCAAACAUGGCAGGAGAGUCAUAUGGGCUUGGAGUAACGAGACAGAUAGUUAUUCAGAUGAUAUUGCAAAAGGCUGGGCAGGAAUCCAUUCAAUCCCCAGGACAAUUUGGUUAGACGGCGAUGGCAAGCAGUUGAUCCAAUGGCCAGUUGAAGAGAUUGAGUCCCUUCGAAUAAAUGAAAUCAACCAUCAAGGACUAGAGCUGAAAAAGGGAGAUCUAUUUGAGAUUAAGGGAAUCGACACUUUGCAGGCUGACGUUGAGAUAGAUUUUGAGCCGACGUCCAUCGAUGACGCCGAACCUUUUGAUCCUUCCUGGCUUUUCGACCCCCGGAAGCAUUGCCGGGAGGCGGAUGCAUCGGCUCAUGGUGGCAUAGGGCCAUUUGGACUUGUUAUUCUGGCGUCCGACAACAUGGAGGAGCACACUGCAGUGCACUUCAGGGUUUACAAAUCACAGGAAAAGUACAUGAUCCUCAUGUGCUCUGAUCUAAGAAGGUCUUCCCUGAGACCAGGACUGUAUACACCAGCCUAUGGAGGCUUCUUUGAAUUUGACCUUGAAAAUGAAAGAAAGAUAUCCCUCAGGACUCUGAUCGAUCGGUCCGCGGUGGAGAGCUUCGGCAGCGGUGGCAGGAUCUGCAUCACGGCCAGAGUUUACCCGGUGGCACUUGUCGACGACGGCACCACCCACAUGUAUGCAUUCAACAAUGGAAGUACCACGGUCAGAGUGCCACAGCUAAGGGCAUGGAGCAUGAAGAGAGCACAGGUGAAUGUGAUGAAGGGUGGAAAUGUGAUCGAUGCUUAG